CAGUACUGUGUUCUAGCAUGUUUACCUGAAGUGAACCGCUGCGUUCUGACUGGAAGGGGAGCUACACAGACUCUGGCUGAACCCUGCAAAUGAAGGAAAUGUAGACUAAUUUAUUUCUCUCUAACCUGUGCUUUUCAGGCUGGCUAAACACAGAAGUUUAGUAUAAACCUGCAUUGUGUCCUCUUUCCAGCUUGUUCCAUAUGGUUUUUUGUUUUUGACUGUUCCAGGCCAUUCAGAAAAGGAACCCCCCUCAUUGUGCUGUGAAAUCUUUGUUGAACUGUACAUUGCCAGCUUUUGUAGCCACAUAGCACAAAGUCAGUUUCAGAUAAACUGGCUCAAUUUGUGUGGUCAGCCUAUUCUCCCUUUCCACUUCCCAACAGGAUUAAUCUAAUCAACACUUAGAUUAAAUAUAGCCAUGCAAACUGCAUAGCAAAGUCUUCAUGUAAGGGAUUUAUUCUGGAAAGCUCAAGGUGACAUUAAGCAUAAGCCAUGGGUGACUGGACCAUACUUGGUCGCUUCCUGUCGGAGGUUCAGAAUCACUCUACAGUGAUAGGCAAGAUCUGGCUCACCAUGCUGCUCAUUUUCCGUAUCCUGCUGGUGGCAUUGGUGGGUGACGCUGUCUACAGCGACGAGCAGUCAAAGUUCACCUGUAACACGCGGCAGCCCGGCUGUAGCAACGUCUGCUAUGACACAUUUGCUCCUGUUUCACAUCUGCGGUUCUGGGUCUUCCAAAUUGUGCUGGUCUCCACCCCUUCUAUUUUUUACAUAGUUUUUGUUCUGCAUAAAAUCGCCAAGGAUGAGAGGCAAGCUGACCAAAGCGCACAUGUGUUAGCACAGAGGCCCCCCAGACAGACAGGUGGACACAUGGGAAAGGAUGGCAUAGUGAGUGCUGGGAUGCCCACUUACUGUCCACAUUACAUAGAGGAUUGGGACAUGAGGGAUAGCGAUGGAAUAGAAGAAAGCUUUCUGCCAGAGGAGUGUGGCGAAUUAGAGGAGGACCCAACCCAGCAGUCCAACCAAGUUCUACUCAUCUACAUUCUUCACGUGUUACUACGAUCUGUCAUGGAGAUUACCUUCUUGGUGGGCCAGUACUUCCUGUUUGGUUUUGAGGUGCCUCACCUGUACCGCUGUCAGACCUACCCUUGCCCUACCCGUACAGACUGUUUUGUGUCACGUGCCACGGAGAAGACCAUCUUCCUGAACUUCAUGUUCAGCAUCAGCCUGGGCUGCUUUGUGCUCAACAUCGCAGAGCUCCACUACCUUGGCUGGGUCCACAUUUUCCGCGUCCUCCACUCAACUUGCUUGACUUGCUGCAGUCAGGACAGGGAAAUGGUCAGACUGUACUCAAACCACAACCCUCUCCUUCUGCAUUUCAGGCAUUCUCUGAGGGGCCAGCUUGUUCUGCAGACCCCAGCAGCCAUGGUCCCAGAGAAGUCAGUAGGUCGGCUUACACAUGCCCCAGCUAUCUCCUUUGAGACAGACUCCACUGUGGAAUGCAUCUCCAAGAGAAAUCCAGAGAGCAGAGACAAAGUGAAGGUCAAGUUGGCCAACAUGACCAGAAUGGGACGUAUUAAGUCUUGGUUAUGAGACAGAGACAUUGUGCUGUAGUUAAAUCUGUGAAAACACUUCUGGGCUGCACAUGUGUGCAACAUUACCACUUGUCCUGAGUGACCCAAUCACAAGUGGACAACUCACACGGUGUCCAGUAACCACCUGUGAUUGGAUCUCAUAUGCAAAGGAGAACAUGUGCAAUUACCAGUAAUGUGCAGUUGGGAAUGCUCUUGCUGUGUCUGAGUUGAAGUUGGCUGAAGGUCAAACAAUUCAACCAUGUACAGCUGAGCCAUAGCAGUUUUGUUUAUUUUUAAAGACAUUGUGAAUGUGCCUGAUUCUUGCAGUUCUUGCAUUUCUUGCCAGUGUAGCAUUGUGGGAAAGUACACUCAGUAAACAAGCAUGUUUUAGAGAGUAUCUUUUUGUCUCUACAUGUGACGCUUAACUCCUUAGUUAUCUUGCUGUAAAUGAACUCAGGUGUUUUUUUUAUCCACAGAAAUGUAAACAUUCAUGGUGAGUUCAUACAAUACAUAGUCAGAGUUUACUGAGCACUUUAUUAAGAACAUCUGUCCAGCUGCAUUCAUUUAAACUGGCAAUCGUGUGGCAGCAUGUAAUGGGAGUUUUUCGACUCUCUGAUGAACAUGACACAUGUCUGUAUAUAUACUGUAUGUAUAUAUUUUGAAGGGGUGGACAUGAUUAUGCCAUUACAUUAAAGGUAUCUUUUCAAAGU